GUAGAAAGAACAUGAAACUGUGAUGACGUUUUGACAAAUUAUUUUCAGAAACUAGCGAUAACCGAUGAAUUAAUUAUUAAAAUAUGUAAAAUGUUUCCAUUACUGCGACAACGGCCCGACUCUACUGUAAUUAAUCAUGGAAAACAAAAUAAACACAUGUUAUUUUAAAUAACAAUUUGAAGAAGCCACUGAAAAUAAACCACGAUAACGAGAUGCUAUGCGAUACAACAAAAAAAUAUACCAGUUUUGUAUAAUCUACCUAUUAAGAUGUCUGAUUUUUUUCCAUAAUUUCGACGAGCGUGAUACAACUGGAAUUUUAAUUGCGAAAGGGAUUUCAAUGAUGUAACAAUUAAAUUACCUAUGAACAAGAUUUUAGUAUUUUAAAAUGCAGAUGGAAAGAAUUAUUACGUAAAGAUAUCCCAUGGCAAUAAUGUAGAAGGUUUAUACAACGCAAUGCAUCACGAACAUUGCGAGGAAGGAAUAAGUUGAUUACGGUGCUGCGAUAGUAUCGUGCCAUUGCUAUCAUCAUGCAGCUUUCUCAUUACGUAGCCAUAAUAGCUUGUCUGUUAUUCAAAUCAAUUAUGGGUUCGGAUGGUGAACAAUUAAUAUCUGUUGUAAAAUGGGGAUCUAUCAAUGGCCAAAGCGUUGAAAAGUACACUUUGAAAAACAAAUUGGGUCAAGAAGUGGACAUCGUAACAUAUGGUGCAACGAUAACAUCUAUCAGAAUCCCAGACAAACACGGAAAAAUAGCAGACAUUGUAUUAGGUUUUGAUAACGUAGAAGAUUAUUCGUCCACUGUUUAUAACCCGUAUUUUGGUGCAACGAUAGGAAGAGUAGCAAACCGUAUAAAAAAUGGACAGUUUACCCUGAACGGGAGAAAGUAUCAUUUAGCUAAAAAUGUGGGGCAAAAUACGCUUCACGGUGGUUUUAAAGGGUGGAAUUCAAAAAUAUGGAAUGCCGCUAUUCAAUGUAAUCAACUUGUACUCUCUCUACUAAGCGAAGACGGUGACGAAGGUUUUCCUGGAGACGCGAUAGCUUCGGUCAUUUUUCAAUUAACGACCGAUGGCGAGUUACGCAUCGAGAUGAAAGUUUUCGUUACCAAAGCUACACCUGUUAACUUGACUAACCAUAGUUACUUCAAUCUAGCUGGUCAUGAUGGCAACGCAAAAGAACUAUACAAGCAUCAGUUUACUUUAAACGCAGAUCGUUGGACUGUCACAGACGCAGAAAGUAUUCCAACUGGAGAAAUACGAUCGGUUCUCGAUACUGUGAUGGACUUGAGAAACUCGACUAUACUUGGAGAUGUCAUUGACAAAGUACCAGGUGGUGGUUACGACCAUAAUUUUUGUUUAAGGGUAAACGAUACCACAAACGAAACAAACCUUGUUGCCAGGGUUUCACAUCCUACUUCUGGAAGAUAUUUACAAGUCUUUUCAAAUCAACCUGGAGUACAAUUUUAUACGGCUAACUUUUUGCCUGAACGCGACAGCGUGAGUGUUCGAGGAAAGAAUGGAACCGCAUAUUUCAAACAUGGUGCGUUCUGUUUAGAAACGCAAAAUUACCCGGACGCAGUUAAUCAUGAAAAUUUUCCUAAUAGUAUACUCGAACCUGGCCAAGUUUAUUAUCACAUUGUUAUAUACAAGUUUGGAGUAGUUGCAUAAAAAUUAUCCAUCCUACUUUGCCGAUACUACUGGUUUGGCAAAUUAUAAUAAUUUCAUAUUAAUAAAAUAUGACAUUACAUUA